GACAGAUCUCUCCCUGCGCCAUUUGUGAGGGCAUUCCUCCCCCCUAUCAGCAGAGGUGACAAAACGCGAGACACGAGUCCUCAUCACCUCACCGGGACACAUUCCCGCCCUUUUUUAUGAGGCAUGCGCCCAUCUCAGGGACUGAGGGGGAGCCAUGCCUGCUGCCUACCUCACUCAAAUAGUACUAGUGUCACCAUGACAGGGAGGGAAUAUAGCAAUAAAAAAAAAUGUAUAUCUAUCCAUCUAUAUAUGUAACCCGUGGCGGGCUAUCUCCUAGAGCGUUCCCUCUGGUAUCACUGCACAUUGUGACCAGUGUGUGAGGAAUGAUAUGCUGCCUCCAUGUUUUAUAUACAUCGUAAAGCUUAUAUGAGACAUUAAAGCACAGUGCCCCGGGUUCCCCUAUAUAGCCAGCAACGGCUUGGUAACAAUGUAUAAGACCUGUGAUACAGGAGAUAGGCUUGGGUAUAACAUGACAUACUACAGCACGCACUGGGUACUGUAUAUGGUGCCCAGCCAGUGCCCUGUCAGGUGUGGACACAGAGGUCAAAGGAGCUGUGGAUGCCAUCACAGGGAGCUGUCCUGCCCGUGGACCUGCAGAGGUGUCAUUCACACGUCCUUGUCAUAUCUGUCCCCUCACCAUCUGGGCUCUUACACGAGUCUACACGCCCCAGGGGUGAUGGCCUCCUCUGGUCAUCGCUGGUCUCAGGUAACUAAUGGGCAGGCCCAGGCUAUAAAAGCUGACAGGGCGCACAGCUGACCUCAGAUCGUCUGGAGGGAAAGAUGGAGCCGACUUUGGUGACGGAGCAGGGUGGGUCUGAAGAGCGAAGACUAUCAUCCCUGGAUGUGGAGUGCCUGAGCUGUAGAUGUCUCAGGAGGAGAACACCUUACCCAAGUGGAUGUAUCCGUGUAACUAGAGGGGCAGAGCACAGGCUCCAUGCUACGUUCUGGAGACCAUGGAUGCAAAGAAGCUCUAGAAAAUCACUGCCACAAAGUUUGCCAUAUGCCAAAGGCCUGUGUGAAAAUCGUCAAGCUGGACAGAAGCCUGUAGACUACAACCACCCUGUGAGAUUAUUUUGGCCCAGAUCUAAGCCACUAGAUCUCAUGUAUGUGGAAGCAGAAGACUUAUUAAAAAAUUUUCCAGUCCAGGCCACAUUAUCCUUCUAUGACUCUGAAUCAGACACAGACAAUGAUGAAGAAAACCCUGAAGAGGAACAUGAUUCUGGUUUUGAAUCAGACUAAUAACUG